GGCCACAAAAACAAAAAUUACGUGUAUUUUUCUAAACUUGAAGUGGGACUUUUCCGCUCUCGGAGGUUUUUGUUCAGUAAGACACUGAACUAAAUGACUUUUGGUGUUAAACAGAGCCCUACCUUAAAUUGUCCUAAAGAGUCCCAGUCCCCCUCAGACGUAUAGAUAAUGGUAAAGUUGUUGUAUCUGGUCUAACGGCUCUGUUGGUUGGAACUUUAAGCUUUCCUGGAGUUUAACUUUAAACUGUUUUUUUAUGUGUGGCUCACAGAACAACGUGCUAAAUGGGUUUGAUUUAACUAUGAUUCUGAUCCUUUUUAGUUCUGUAUGGCUGUGCACAAAAAUGUGACAGAGAAAACAAAACAACAUUUAGUCAGGCACAACUGCCCUUUUUUUAAAAAAGAGUUUAUGAAGUUAAGAGGGUUUUGGGAGCUGGAGGACUAGGUUUCUGCUGGCCCCCUGCCCCGUAGGCGUGCACGCGCAGCCUCUUCAGUGACAUCACGCCUGUGCACGCGCGGGUCAGGCUCCUGGGAGGCGCACUUCCAGCUUUAAUCACUUCCAGACUGGGCGAGCAAACGCGCGCGCGGUCCGUUUCUCCGCUGAACUAACAGUUCCGGCCCGAGUGGGACCCCCCCAGUCCGACUCCAGAUGGACCCUCCUCACGGCGCACGCGGCUGAGCUCUCCCAGGGACCCGCAUGCAGGCACGACCCUCUGAGCGCGAGGACCCGCAGCUGGGACGCAGGCGCGCGGGAUAAACGCACCUUUGUGCUCGUGCUUGAAGCAGAAGUUGGCGCGCGCCUCCCGGGGGUGAAAGAGCCGCUCUUUCUUUCUUUGAGGACAGAAAGUGAACCGGACCGAGCCGACCCGGACAGUCCGGGCAGUUAGCGGACGCCAUGGCCCCCCUCCUGGAGACUUUUCUCCUGAUGCUCCUUUCGCUCCCGGCGAGAACGAGGAACGCUGAUCCAGGCCCGUCCGGGGAUAAAGAAGGUCUGGCGGGAGCUCAAAGUGGAGCUGUUCCUACUGAAGGAACUCAGGGUUACUUCCUGGAGUUCUUGGAGCCAGUCAACAACAUCACUCACUUCCAGGGCCAGACGGCCACACUGCACUGUAAGGUCGCAGGAAACCCUCGACCGCUCAUUCAGUGGCUGAAGAACGAUGCUCCUGUGGACUUGGAUCUGGGCCGCAUCACCAUCCGUAAGACUGAGGCGGGAUCUAAGCUCCGCAUCCAGGAGCUGGACACAACCGACACGGGCUACUAUCAAUGCGUGGCCUCCAACUCAUUCAAGGUCAUCUCUGCCACAGGCGUGCUCUACGUCAAACUGGGACUGAUACCCACUCAUGGACCAGAUAAACCCAAGAACAACAAGGGUUUCUGUCAGCCGUACCGAGGUAUCGCCUGUGCUCGUUUCCUGGGAAACCAGAGCAUCUAUGUUGAGUCUUUGCAGACGCAGGGGGAGCGAGAGAACCGCAUCACUGCUGCCUUCACAAUGAUCGGCACCUCCACCCAACUGUCGGACCAGUGCUCCAAGUUUGCCAUCCCGUCCUUCUGCUAUUACGUCUUCCCUCUGUGUGACGAAAGCUGGAGGAGCCAGAGGCAGCGGCAGCUCUGUCGGGACGAAUGCGAGGCCCUGGAGAACGACCUCUGCCAUGUGGAGUACACCAUUGCCAGGUCCAAUCCCAUGAUCCUCAUGCAGCUUGAGCUCCCACGGUGCCACCUGCUGCCACGCCCAGGCACGCCUGAGGCUGCUUCCUGUAUCCGGAUUGGGGUGCCCCCAGAAAGACUGGGCUCUUCUUCUUCUCCUUCAGACCACAGCUGCUACAACGGCAGUGGAGCGGACUACAGGGGCACCGUCAGCACAACCCGCUCGGGUCGCAGCUGCCAGCCCUGGAGCCUCCAGCUUCCUCACAGCCACCGCUCCACUCAGGAGUACCCCGAGCUUUGGGCAAGUCACAACUUCUGUCGCAACCCUGGAGGCCAGAUGGAGGCGCCGUGGUGCUUCACGCUGGACCCGGAGAUGAGGAUGGACUUGUGCGACAUCCCGCCCUGCAAGCCUCCUGAGAGCCCCGGGAAGGAGAUCCUGCUCAUCCUGAUCCCGGCUGUCUCCAUCCCCCUGGUGGUGGCCUGCCUCUUCUUCCUGGUGUGCACGUGUCGAAGCAAACACAAGGCUUCCAGCAGCAGCGGUGCGCCUCACAGCCACCUCAACACGUGUGCCAAUCAGGAAGUGCAGCUGUCGCUCCUGUCGCCCCAGAAAAACCCGACCAAGCUCCGGGAAAUCAACAUGUCAACUGUGCGGUUCAUGGAGGAGCUCGGCGAGGACCGCUUUGGAAAGGUGUACAAGGGACACCUCUAUGGAACAGCUCCAGGUGAGCAGAACCAGAUCGUAGCCAUCAAGACUCUGAAUGACAAGGCCGACCUCACUCUCUGUGAGGAGUUUCGCCAUGAGGCCUCAACCCGCUGUCUCCUGCAGCACCAAAAUAUUGUUUCCUUGAUUGGAGUGGUCACCAAAGAGCAGCCCAUGAGCAUGAUCUUCACAUAUUCUAGUCUUGGGGACCUGCAUGAGUAUCUGGUGAUGCACUCCCCCAACUCAGAUGUUGGAAGCUCAGAUGAUGACAGGACAACUAAAUCCACUGUGGAGCAGGCGGACUUCCUUAGCAUCAUCACCCAGAUUGCUGCUGGGAUGGAGUAUCUGUCCAGCCACCAGGUAGUUCAUAAAGACCUGGCUGCUCGCAACAUUCUGGUCUUUGACAAACUCAACAUCAAGAUCCUGGAUCUGGGCUUGUUGAGAGAUGUCUACUCUGCCGAUUACUACAAUUUGAUGAGAACCAGCCCUUUUCCUAUCCGAUGGAUGUCUCCUGAAGCAAUUGUGUACGGCAAGUUCUCCACCGACUCUGACAUCUGGUCCUACGGCGUGCUUCUUUGGGAGACCUACAGUUAUGGCCUCCAGCCGUACUGUGGCUACUCCAACUUGGACGUGAUUGAGAUGGUGCGCAGCCACCAGCUGCUCCCCUGCCCUGAAGACUGCCCCACUUGGAUUUAUGCCCUCAUGCUGGAGUGCUGGAGCGAAUUGCCCGUGAGACGGCCUCGCUUCAAAGACAUCCAUGCCCGCCUGCUCUCAUGGGACAGCCUGUCCAACUACCACAGCCCUGCACAGGCCUCUGGCACCAGCAACACCACCCAGACAAGCUCUCUCAGCACCAGUCCUGUGAGCAAUGUCAGCAUGAGCACAGCCAACGCGUCACGCUACGCCAGCCCCAAGAAGAGCCCAGCCUUUCAUCCGCCCCAGUUCCUGCCUCUGAAGGGUCAGAUGCACAGGCCCAUGGUUCCGCAGCAGCUCUACAUCCCCGUCAACGGAUACCACCCCGUGCCAGCGUAUUCGUACCUGCAGAACUUUUACCCCAUGCAGAUACCCAUGGCAAUGCCCCACCAGCAGAUGCACCACCCAGCACCGGUGGCCAGCAAAGCAGGUUCUCACCAUAGUGGCAGUGGAUCCACCUCUACAGGCUACAUCACCACCGCCCCCUCCAACACCUCAGCGGCAGAACGGGCCGCAGCGCUAAAUGAGGACUCCGGGCCCAAAGAGGACAACCUGGUGGACGGAGUGCCCCAGGACAAAUGCAGCCAGAGUGAGGCCAUGUCAGCUCAUGCAUCAGAACUGCUCGCUGAGGAGGCUGGUUCCACCGAGCAGCUGACGGUUCAUUCUUCGGACACAUAGACACGGGCCUAGCUGAAAAAUCGGAGGCAAGAAGAGGAACAAAGCGAAGACUGAAUGAAUGUUUUCUAAGAAGGUGCUGCUGAGUUUCACAGUCUGGUCACAUUCCAGUCCAGUGUCAAGAGAUGACUCUGGUUUAUUUGAUUUUGUUUUUUCACAUGACUGUAAAAAAAAAAGGACGUAUUUGCUGUUUUUGUUGAAACUAAUCCAUUAGUCUCAGAGCCUCUGCAGCAGACGAUGGUGUUCCCACGAGUCUUUCAUAGGAAACGGAUCAGAUCUAGGGUCUGGUUCAGUUCUGCUGCACUGACUGUGUGAAUCCUGGAUCGUCCAUCCUGCGCACAAGCGAGCCCCCUCCUCUCAAAUUCAAGUCCUGACUUUUCAGGGUAAAGGCCCCCCCAGACGCCAUAAAGCACAGAUCUACAUAAUCUAAUGUGUGUACGGUUUGGCUCAAUGUGUUUUAUCAGUUUUGAUUCACUAAGGGAGGAAUGUUUCUCAAACUUUGCCAAGAAUUAUUUUAAUGCUUUUUUUUUAUUUUUGUAAUCAAAUAUGAAGAGUUUAAUAAAGUUUCUGAAGAGCUU